GUCAAGGGAAGGGAAGACCCAGUGGAAAAGGCAUCUUACAUGCUAUUUAUGCAGGGCCAGAAGCAGCUGAUUCACCUGAAGGUGAAGAGAGACUAUUUUGUGGAUAACUUUCCAGUCUUCAGCUACCACGAUGGCAGCCUGGGACAAGAAAUGCCCUUCAUCUCACGUGACUGUCACUACGAAGGCUACAUAGAAGGCAUCCCAGGUUCUUUUGUUUCUGUCAACACCUGCUCAGGCCUCAGGGGCAUCCUGAUUAAGGGGGGAAAAUCCUAUGGCAUUGAGCCCAUGGACUCUUCAAAACGGUUUGAACACGUGUUGUACACCAUGGCACACGAAGCUGGAAUCUCCUGUAGUGUCACUUCCGAAGACAGCCAAGUGGCGUCCACCAGCCAGCAACAAGGGAGCAGGAAGCCUCACAGUCCACAGGCGCUGUCCUACUUGUGGUCACACACCAAGUAUGUGGAGAUGUUUGUCGUGGUCAACAACCAGCGGUUCCAAAUGUGGGGCAGUAACAUCAAUGAGACAGUCCAGAGAGUGAUGGACAUCAUUGCUCUGGCCAACAGCUUCACUAGGGGAAUAAACACCGAGGUGGUGCUGGCUGGAAUGGAGAUUUGGACCGAGGGGGACCUCAUAGAGGUCCCAGUGGACUUGCAAGUUACACUCAAGAAUUUCAAUAGCUGGAGACAAGAGAAGCUCUUCCAACGUGUGAAGCAUGAUGUCGCCCACAUGAUUGUUGGACAUCGUCCUGAAGAGGAUAUGGGACAGGCAUUUCUCAACGGUGCCUGUUCAAGCGGCUUUGCAGCAGCUGUUGAAUCCUUCCAUCAUGAAGAUGUCCUCCUGUUUGCAGCGCUCAUGGUCCAUGAGCUGGGGCACAACUUGGGUAUUCAGCACGACCACUCGGCCUGCAUUUGUAAAGAUACACGCUUUUGCCUCAUGCAUGAAAAUAUCACUAAAGAAAGUGGCUUCAGCAACUGCAGCUCUGAUGACUUCUACCAGUUCCUCCUUGAACUCAAAGGCGCCUGCCUAUUCAACAAGCCUCAGCACAAAGGCCGCAUG